UAACCUGCUUAAACUUGACGGAAACAAGUGUUCAUUCUGAUGCUUUUGCAGAAGGCCAGGCUUCUGCUCGAGCAGGAUCCAGAAGAUGGCUGCCUCUUUCAAGGAGAUUCCUGCAGAACUGCAUGAAAGCAUCACCAAUUUAUUAGGGACACAUGACGUUAUCCUGCUGGAUGCUCAACUCCACAUCAAAUCCAAAGUUGAAAAUAUUGUUCUGGUUUUGAUGCCCUGGCGAGCCCUAGUGGUGCUGGCGAAACUCCCGGUCAAGGUACAAGUUAGCUUCAGCUUCUUAGGUGUGCAGAUCAUCACGAUAGGAGGAGAUAACCGGGUUGUCGUGGAGACAGAUAAAUCUUCUUUUGAAUUUGAGUUCUUGUCAUUGGAUGAUUUGGAGCAUAUGGUCAUCCACGUAGUCACAUCUCUGAAGAAGAUCUUUCCAAUUUCUUCACCUGGAAACCUACUCCAAAAUGCCUCCCCCAUCUUGCUCGACAGAAUAAAAGCGAUAAUAGAUUCCUUGGAAGAAUUACUAAAGGAAAAUCAAGACCCAUGUGGUGGGUUUUCAGAGACAUACUCUGCUCUCUGUGAUUACAUUGGCCUCCCUUUCCAAGAGGAGAUCCAGUGGGAUGUGGAUAAUAUUUAUCACAACCAGGAAUGCAGGGAGUUCAACCUGCUGGAUUUCAACCACCUCCACAGCCAAGAUGUGGCUGUUAGUGUGACUAGCCUGUCAUUGAAUCAGUGGUUCACAAGGCUGUGCUGCAAGGACUUCAAACUGAAUUUGGAUAUUCUGGAUCAGAUUCUCCAUGUUCUCAGCAAAUCAGUGACUCUGGAAGAGCUGGUGUUGGAAAACUGUGGCUUGAAGUUUGAUUUUGCUCAACGGAUGGCCCAGGUGCUUCACAAUAAUCCAAACAAUACCUUAAACGUGCUUAAUUUUUCUGGAAACCUGCUUGAGGACCGAGGUAUAAUUGCUCUGAGCCAGAACUUAGAGCAAAGCAUCAAGGGCUUCCAAAGCUUGAACUUUGCUAGGACCUCCUUGACUCCAAAAGGAAUGUUGGCCCUUUGCCAAUCUCUAGGCUCCAAUAGACUAUACAGAACUACUCUGUACCACUUGGACCUUUCUGGGAACCCAGGGAGCCUGGCCACUGAAGGUGCAGACGGCUUGUUUUCUUUCCUGAGUCAGCCAAAUGUUUUAGGUCACCUUGACCUCUCUGGGACAGCCUGCGCUUUGGAUGUGCUUUUUGAUGCCUUGGGUGCUGGUUGCUGUGAAAGCCUAAUCCACCUGAACUUAUCCAAGAACAUUUAUACACACAAAAAGAACAGUGAUGUUCCUGUUGGAAUCAGCAAUUUCUUCAGCAAAGCCUCUGCUCUCCAACAUGUUUCAUUGGCUGGAACCAAGUUACCAACAGAGGCUUUGAGAGCUUUGCUGCAGGCCUUGGCAUAUAACCACCAAUUGAGUGGUCUGCACCUGGACCUCAGUAGCUGUGAGCUGAAAUCAGCAGGUGCCCAGGUGAUCCAGGAUCUUGUUUCAGAUGCCAGCUCAAUCAAGGAGUUGAAUUUAUCCGACAAUGGCUUUGAUUCUGACAUGGUGACACUGGUGCUGGCCAUCGGUAGAAGCAGAUCCAUCAAGCAUGUUGCACUAGGAAAAAACUUUAAUAUCCGGUCCAGGGAGACCCUAGCUGAUGCUUUGCACCGAAUUGUUCAGCUAACUCAAGAUGAUGACUGUUCUGUCGAAUCCCUGUCAGUGGCAGAAUCUCGCCUGAAAUUGGGAACCAGCGUUAUCCUAGAUGGUUUGAGAAGCAGGAGCAGUUGUCUUGUCAUGCUGGAUAUCAGUGGUAAUGCUAUGGGAGACGUGGGUGCCAAAAUACUGGCAAAAGCUUUGUCAGUGAACACAACGCUCAGGACGUUAAUUUGGGACAGGAACAACACAACAUUGUGUGGAUUCCUUGAUGUUACUCGUGCCUUGCUAAGGAAUUUUACUCUAAAAGCUAUGCCCUUGCCCAUAACUGAUGUGGCCCAGGCUCAUCGAAGCCAUCCAGAGAAAAUGGAGGAAGUUGUGCACAAGAUACAGUCUUACCUCGCAAGGAAUCAGAUUCAAGAGACCUUGCCCAAGGAGAGAUGCCGGUUACAGCCAGACAGUACAGCCAGCUCUUCUGCACAGGCACUGAAGGAUGCAUCCCAGUCUCUGCAUAAGUGCAUUGAAAUGCUGAGCUCUGUUCAAGAUGUGGAAGUUAAAGCAGACAUCCUGUGGGCAGAGGAGACCAUCAAGGAUGCAAGCCUUUCAAUCAGUGUUUUGCCUAUUUUGUAUGAGGCAGGAAACCCUGUGCACCAGAACAGCAAGCUUCAGCACAAGCUGGAGAGUCUCAUUGAAGAAGUCUCUCAGACUUGCAGCAGUGAAAUCCAGACCAUCAUGCAUGCCUCAUUGGUUGCCACUCAGAGUUUGUGUCCCAAACUCAUGCAGAAAAAUGACUUUCAGGACCACCUGAUCGCCAGCGUGCCAAAGAAGAUGCUCCUUGACCAGCUUUUGACUGACAUGUACAGCAGGCUCACGGAGAUCCAGCAGUCAGUCACUGAGGCCAUGGUCAAUGGUAUUGCUGAUAAAAUUUUGGAGGAGUUAGCCACCGUUCAAGGCAAGCUGGCAAAACACCUCUCAAAACUAGCCCAGGAGCCACAGGUGACGAAUGCUGCAGACUGGAACACUUUUCAGCAGCGGCACAGAAGCCUGUGGGAUGUUGUUGAAAAGGACUUCCAAAAGGAGGAGUACAAGAUGGCUGCCCAAUGGAAGCACAGCUGUUACACAAGCAUUCUCCCAACUCUUGGACUAAAUGGUCUAUCGGAACUCGAUUUUAAGGUAGAGGCAGAAGAUAACAAGAUUGGGGCUCCCCAGGCUGAGCUGUCACUCAGCCGUGCCUCCGUGAAGUCACGCCCUGCCUCCACAAAGGAUGCUGAAGCUGGGAGCAGGCUGCUUCCUUGCACAGAGCCUGCAUCCGCACAAUCCCUUAUGGACCUGCCGACUGCAGGAGAGAAAUUGGAGCAUUAUACCCGAGACAGGCCCAGGCCCAACCGCAGGAACAGGCAGCCCCCCAGCAAGCCAAAUGUGCAGCCUCCUGUGCGUGAGAAUGAUGAAGACAGAAGCAUCGCUAGGCUGGAUGAAGGGCUAGAUGAGUUUUUCACAAAGAAGGUGAUUCAUGAGCAUUUACAGCCUGCAUCAUUGGAAUCCUGCCUGGCAGAAGCCACGCCAACACCAUCUGGUUCUCGGACCUUGAAAAAGAAAAUUGGACACUUCUUUGCCUUCAAGAAGCCGAAGUCAAGCCGGGGUUCCAGGCCAGAGAAAGAGCCCGAGGGUAGUCCCUCAGCAACAAGGGGCAGGAAGUUGAUGCUUAGUGACAUUUUAAGGGCCCCCAGCAAAGCCAGCGAGCCAACUAAAGCACUAAGCAAGUCUGAGGAAGGAGGGCUGGCUUUGGAGAGCAGAGGUUACCUGGAGCAAAGCCAAACUCCAGACAGUGCUCGAAGGGCCAGGCCAAAAUACUCCAGGGAGGGGAAGUCCCAGUCCCUGAUUCUUCUGUCAGGCGAAGAUGAAGAGGGUCUUGGUGUGAGACAUGAGAAGAAGAGGCCUUUUGAGAAGAGUGAUGGGGAACUGCCCAGCUCCUUUGAACAACGUGUCCAUGUCAUGCUGCAUCGGAUUGGUGUCACUAAGGUGUUAUCCACUGAAGGUAAAAAGAAACAGAGCAAAGAUGGGGAGAUUAAGAAAGCUGGUUCUGAUGGGGAUAUUGUGGACAGUUCAGCGGAAUCUCCUCCUUGCCCCUUGAAAUCACGCACACACUCCAUGUCCACAGAUCCCUCCGUGCGGCUAGGUCCUGCUGAUGCUGCUGGCAGAACAGGUACAGAACCCAGUGGAGGAUCCAGUGAGGGGAGACUAUCCUGGAAAGCUCUUGGGAAGCAACUAAAUGUAGAGCUCAAGGGCAAGUGUUCAGAACUCAGCUCUUCGCCAAGAAGAGCUUUUGCCGUACAAGAGCCAGCCAGCCCAAGAGAGCAGAAAGCAAAAGAGAGCUGGAGCAGUAGUUUGCCCAGGAUUGGGAGAAGCACAGCAGGCCCUCUUCCUAUGCGGAGGACUAGCAAUGCUGGAGAAGGACGAGCAUUUGCCGAGCUACAGAAUUCAUAUGCUGACGUAAACGUGAUUGCUGGAGACAAUCAACUCAAACCCAAAUCUCGUCUGAAGCCUGUGGCAAACCGGAGGGCCAUGUCUGUUCACGAAGAACAGCUCAGGGACCAGGCCUGUGCAGCAGAGCUGCACCAUGCAAAGCUUCCUCUUUGUCUGCAGCGCUCCCCAAUUGUGAAAUGGAAGAUUAAGCCCAAGUCCUUGUUGGAGCCCGGGACAUCGACACCAUCUGACUCACCAAGCACUCCACGCCAAGGAAGGAACAAGGAACCCACAGAGGCAAAGCCAAAAGCAGAAAUUGAAGAAGAGUUGCAACAAGCUCUGGAACAAACUCUAGAGAACGCACAAAAUACAGCCCUAGACCAAAGAACUGCUGUGCCACUCUCCAAGUCACCAACACAAGAGCACUGAGUUAGUGGCUGGUGAUUCUGCAUGAUGGCAGCUCACACAAAUGAGCACAGAAGACAGGCUUAUAACUUGAAGCAGCAGAACAGCCAUCUGAGGAGGUGCAAGCGAUUCAGCACAGGGCCAAGCAAGCCCCAUCAUGGCUCCUUGGUUGGUAGAGCUGGUGUUUCCAGUGAGAUAAAGUGACGUCAAAACUCUUGCACGUUUGGGUUGUCCCCUUUUCACCUUUCACCCUUGUAUACUCUCAUGUAAGUGCCCAGUGUUCUAAUGGUUCACAUAGGAAAAGCCAAAUGCUGAGUAUGCAGGAAACCGGCUAUUUCCAGCAACAGUUAUACAGCUGGCAGCUGGUGCAGAUGCAAAAAUGUGUAGUGCCAGAAACUGAGAACCACCAGCAGGAGGGUUGGGUGGGGGGCUAUUUUAUAUACACUAAACUUGCCUGCCUUGCAUUGUACUUUCCAGGAGUGUGAAAUUUGGACAGCUUGGGGUUUGCAGAAAAGGUUAAAAGCGCCACAAAGCCAGGUUGGUCUGUCUCACAUUGACAAUCUUGCUCCGUCCUUUAGCCUGCAUCAUUUCUGUUCCUAGGAUUCCACUUCUGCCAUAUCUUUCUAUAGCCUUCGUAUUGCCUAGGGGAAAAAACUCUAUUCUAGGCAAAUAUCUAUUGGCAUCAGUUAGGUGUUUGGCAUGAAUGAGGCAUAAGGGGAGGGUGUGAUUUGGCAGCUUUCAGCAAGUUAUAACUAAUAAAGAAGUUUCAGCUCCUCUGUUCCACAAUUAAAUGAGGAUGAUAACUCAAAUCAGCAGAA